AUGUCGCUUGAUCAGAAGACCUUCGAAAACUCAGCUCGUCGCCCUUCUGACGAGACGCUGUGUCCGAAUGCCGGCCUCAGCGCUUGCCCGGAAGGAGAGUCUACCGUUGUCGACCUCGUAGCUCUCAAAGCCAACAUCAACGAUGGCAAGGAUGAGGAGGCCCCCGCGCACAAGGAGGAGGAGCACGAAGAGCCUUCUAAGACCGCCGCUCCCGACUUAUCGCAACCCAUGAAGUGGACGCUGUUGUUCAUCUUUUCGCUGGCGUUUUUCAUUGACGUCCUCUCGUACUCGGCAUUCUUCGUCCUCACGCGUAGCAUCGCUCACGAGCUCAAGAUCAGCUUUGCAAUGCAGAGCUGGAUCAUCACCUCAUACGCCGUCACCUUCGCCUCGUUCCUCCUCUUCUGGGGCCGCGUUUCGGAUCUGUACUCGGCCACCCAUGUGUUCACGUACGGUUUCCUCGUCCUCGGUCUCAUCAACCUAGUGAUCUCGUUCCUCCCGGAAAAGUUUUCCUUUCUCGUCAUUCGCGCCAUCUCCGGCAUCGCAGGCGCCGCCCUCAUCCCCGCCUCCUACCGCCUCAUCGCGCACGUCUUCGAGCCCCACGAGCUUGGUAAGGCGUACACUCUUUACGGCAUGACCGGCGGCAUCUCAAACGUCAUGGGCGUCAUUCUCGCCGGCUUCAUCGAGUACAUUCCCGGCGGGGGCCAGAUGAGCGCAUGGCGCUGGUUCUUCCGCAUCGUCGCCAUCAUUGUCGUCCCCUUCUCGCUCCUCUCCCUCCGCAUCGUGCCCAUGCAGCGCGGCGGCGAGAGCGCAGGCUCGUCCCGCUGGAAGCGCCUGGACGUCGGCGGCGCGUUCCUCGCCCUCUCCGCCAUCAUCCUCCUCACGCUCGGCUUGACGCUCGGUGCAUCGCACGGCUGGCGCACGCCCGGUUUCCUCGUGCCCUUCCUCCUCUCGUUCGCCCUCUUCCCUGCCUUCUUCGUAUACGAGUCGUAUCUCGGCGAGGAGCGCGCCAUGCUCCCCGCCAAGACGUGGCGUGUCCCGAACUUUGCCCUCUUCAUCGCCUUCUCCCUUCAAAUCUACCCGUGGUGGGCCGUCAACUUCCUCGGUCUCAUCGAAACCUGGAUCGGAGUGUACGAGGAGCGCGCGAUCGUUGCCGCUGUCCGCACGCUCCCCGAGGGUAUCAUCUCCCUCGCGGUCAGCGCGCUGCUCACCCUUGUCCCCGUCCUCGUGGCCCGCCCGCGCUGGACCGUCGCCUCGGGCCAGCUCCUCGGCGUCGUAGGCUACAUCCUCAUGUCGCUCCCCACCCGCCUCGUGGGCAAGGACUACUGGCGCUUCCUUUUCCCCGGCAUGCUCCUGGGCUCUGGUGGAAACAUGGCUGCCUUCAUCGGCACUAAUGUCGCCAUUAUGACCUCGGUCCCCGCUGAGAUGGCUGGCGUGACCGGCGCCGUCCUCCAGGUCGGUCUGCAGCUGGGCGCAACUCUCGGAUUCGCUAUCCAGGCCGGUCUCCUCACUGUCAACGAGGGCGGCCUGGCGAACCCUGAGAACCUCCGCGCAAGCUUUUACUUCCAGCUUGGAUGGGGUGCGCUCUGGCUCAUCGGCUUCGUCGUCCUGUACCGCCCGCCGAAGGCGAAGACGGCGUCCAGCGCCGACGCCGCGGAGCAAGCCCGCCCCAUUAUUCACUAG